CUCACAUUCACAUUCACAUUCAUCUUCUUCAAUCUCUCAAGAAGAACAAAGCAAACAAAGCAAUGAGCUCAAUGAUGGAGACUCUCCAGAUUCGUAAACCCACUUCUCUCCCCGUUUCUCAACGUCCUAGUUCUUCCUCCACCGUCGACGAUGAGCCUGGUCUCAUCCGCCGUCGUCUCUCUUCUCUCUCACUCAACCUCUCAAACCAACCAGCAGCGAUCGCAGCUAGAUUCCCGAGAUCCAAAUCUGUUUCCGCCAUGGGAGAACAAGCAGGAAGCUCUGUGAAAGAAUGGUGGGAAUGGGGUUGGUCAUGGAUCCUUUCAAGAAAACCGAUAUUCAUCAGAGAUCUUGAGCUUAACAAAGACGAAGCUAAAUCAAUUGGUUCACAAAACAGAGGAAGUAUAAUGCACGUUUUCUUCAAACUCCGAUCUCAGAUCCGUAAUCUCAUGGGACCUUCUUCAUCUGAUUCUCUUCCUCUUUCUUGCAAAAACAAGCGUCAACGAUAAAAUGAUUCUUGAUUCACAUGGGGGUUGAGAUUUUGUGAUUUGUCUCUUUUUUUUUUUUUUACUUUCGUGCAAUGGAGUAUAAUGUAUAAUGUGUUUCUUUUUUUUCUUGAUGUUGUAUUUUGCUAUAAUUAAUUUGCCUAGAUUAU